GGACAAGGGCAGAUGUCCAUCCAAUAGACAAAUAUGGGUUGAAGGGCAGUGCUGUGUGUUUGGCAGUUAGAGAAAACCCUCAGCAAGAGAUGAAAAUGAAAUGGAUGAUUGAUGGUAAUGUAAUAGCUGUGAGUGAAGAAGUUUCUCCUCAAUACAAGGAGAGGGUAGAUUAUAACUCCACAGACUACACUCUUUGUCUCAGGAAACUGGAACAAACAGAUGCUGGAAUCUACAUUGCAUAUAAGGUUGAGAAAUGGAAGGAGACACAAAUGGUCAAAUACAAUUUGAUGGUCCAAGGUAAGUUUUGUACAGGCUUCUUACAUUCCACUCAUUAGCUACGUUUCCAUAAACUUGUCCAGUUAUUUUUUUGUCAACAUUUAGAAAGCAUAUCAAAUAAAUGCAACAAUUGCCUUCUAUCAGUGGUGUAAAGUACUUAAGUAAAAAUAAUUUAAAGUACUACUUAAGUUGUUUUCUGGGGUAUCUGUACUUUACUUUACUAUUUAUAUUUUUGACAACUUUUACUUUGACUUCACUACAUUCCUAAAUAAAAUAAUGUACUUUUUACUCCAUACAUUUUCCCUGACACCCAAAAGUACACGUUACAUUUUGAAUGCUUAGCAUGAAAGGAAAAUGGUCCAAUUCACUCACUUAUCAAGAGAACGUCCCUGGUCAUCCCUACUGCCUCUGAUCUGACUCACUAAACACACAUGCUUCAUUUGUCUCCCGAGUGGCGCAGUGGUCUAAGGCAUGCAGUGCUAGCUGUGCCACUAGAGAUCCUGGUUUGAAUCCAGGCGCUGUAGUAGCUGACAGGGAGACCCAUGGGGCGGCGCACAAUUGGCCCAGCGUUGUCCAGGGUAGGGGAGGGAAUGGCUGGCAGGGAUGUAGAGCAUGGCGUUUGUAACGACAGGGUUGUGGGUUCGAUUCCCACGGGGGGCCAGUAUUUAAAAAAUAAUGUACGCACUCACUAACUGUAAGUCGCUCUGGAGAAGAGCGUCUGCUAAAUGACUGUAAUGUAAAUGUUUGUAAAUUAUGUCUGAGUGUUGAGUUAAAAUGGCUAAAAUGGUGCUGUCUGGUUUGCUUAAUAUAAGGAAUUCUGAAUAAUUUAUACUUUUACUUUUGUACUUAAGUAUAUUUGAGCAAUUACAUUUAAUUUUGAUACUUAAGUAUAUUUAAAACCAAAUACUUUUAGACUUUUACUCAAGUAGGAUUUUACUGGGUGACUUUCACUUUAACUUUAGUAAUUUUCUAUGAGUACAAGUAAAAUUACCUUCAAGUAUGACAAUUGGGUACUUUUUACACCACUGCCUGCUACGGUGCAUUUUCAUUGAACUGUCGAUGAAAACAGCUGGACAUAAUGACAUCACACCUGAACAAAUAUAAAUUAUUCGCAAAAAACCUAGUGUGGAAUAAAAAUUAAAUGGUUGAAGUGUUUCCAUUAUCCAUUUAGGCAAAUUGCGCAUUAAUAAAUUGGCGACAGCCUGUUUGCCCUCCCACCUAUCUGUUUCAUGUCUCAGGUAGCCCGCAAAAACCAGCAUGGAUAGAAUGCAAGAAAUGACUCAUAUUUACCAUAUUCUAAUAAUUAUCAUGUGCCAACGUUUCUCCACGGUCCAUGCCAUGGUGAAACUUACACUCCUGUAGAUCUGAAAUAAUUGAAUGGUUAAACUUGCAUCCAGCUAACCAGGAAGGCAAGAUGAAGCAAUUCAGGCAUUCUUCAAAAGUCAAGUCCUGCAAAGAAACAUUAUUUUUAUAGUUGAAAAAUAGAUUUAGCAAGCAGUAGGCAUUUAGAAUUAAAGUGGAGUGGAACUUUAAAGUUAUGUGAUGACAUCACUUGCCCGCUUACCUUCAAAAUUAUUUGGCAAUCAUACUUUAUUCGAAAAACACAGUUUCAAUCAUCAUUUGUUGCAAUAAAGAAAGUUAGAAAAAAGAAAAAUCCAUCCCUUUCAGAAGGAUACAAAUAUUGUCAAUCUUUAGAACAUUUAUCCUAUAGAUGCCUUUCCAUUACACAUGUGGCAAUCAGGGGCGGCCUGUUCAAUAGGGCGAUAUGGGCGACGCACUGCCAAACGGGAAAAGGAAGGGAUUUUUUUUCUAAUCAAUUAUAUCACGGCAACAGUAGUUAUCAGUGUUGUAAUCUAGACGUCUGAUCUGCCACAGUGCCACACUGCCACUAAAUGUCGAAUCAGGCUAAAGUCGUGCUUCAAAUGGCCACCCCCCCUUUUGGGGCGAUUUCAGUCAGGUUGAAAAUCGCCCAGAAGUCUGUCAUAGACUCCCAUGUAAAAUCUAUUUUUUUCAAAUUUCAGAGCUUUCAAUACAAUCUCUAUGGGUGUCUGAGGGCUUGCACUUACGCGCUUUCGUCAUACUUAACGUAACCAUGAACGUAACUAAGAAAAUAGCGGGUAGCAGCGUCUCUGUUGCGACCUGCAGUGUGUGUGACGUUAUCUUAUGUUUUUAAUCUUAUGUUUUUAAUUUGUACACUUAGUGGCGUUAUUUUAUGUUUUUAAUUUGUACACUUAGUUUACAAACAUUCUGCCAACCAUGGAUUUCCAGUGGUGGGGUCACGGUGUUGGACUGAUCUUGUUGAUCGUGUACAUACCCGCUACGAACGGACUAAAUAAUGAAAACGCUGCUGGCAGCGGAAUCCAAUACAGCAGGGAGUUUUUACUACAAUGCAACUCAAAUACGAACGCGAUGGAUAUCCCAAUGGCCCAUCUAAUACCUGAUUGUCUGCGAGUGGAUUACAAACCCAAAUGCAAACGUGGAAAACGCGGGGGAAUCAGACAACGACUUAAAAAAAAUUAAGAACAAACUUCCCUUACCCACCACCUUGCUGAUUAAUGCCUAGUCACUGAGGGGGAAAGCGGAUGAGUUGUCAGCGAAUCUGCGCUUCCAACACGAAUAUCGGGAGGCCUGUUUGCUGGCAUUUACUGAGACUUGGCUGGAUGACAGAGUCCCGGACAGAGAAGUGGAGCCGGCCGGCUUCACCCUGGUCAGAGCGGACCGCGAUCUGACAGUCACAGGGAAACUUCACGGCGGGGGCGUCUGUCAGGGACCAGUGGUGUAAAUCGAUCCUGGUAAGAGAGCGACUCUGUACCCCCGACAUUGAACUACUUUCUGUGUCACUGCGACCUUACUAUCUGCCCCGUGAGUUCCCCCAAUUGUUUGUUACCGUUGUGUACAUUCAACCAAAAGCUAAUAUAACAAAGGCAUCAGAGAUUAUUUAUAAUCUGUCACAGAAACUGGAAUCCAUCUCCCCCGACGCACCCAAAUUUAUUUUAGGGGAUUUUAACAACUGUACCUUGCACAAAGUCUUGCGCACAUACCAUCAGUAUGUGAAAUGUCACACUAGGAAAAAUAGGACUCUUGAUUUGUGCUAUGGGACAAUACCAAAGGCGUUCUCUGCCACCACCAGACCUCCUCUGGGGACAUCAGACCACAAUGGGGUCUACCUCAGGCCAAUUUACUGUCGCCUCCUGGAGAGGGAGAAACCCACAGUUAAAACUGUCCAGAUCUGGAAUGACAACAGUAUCACUUGGGGUGUUUUGACUGUACAGUGUGGGAGGUAUUUGAGGACAGCAGCUCUGAUCUGGAUGAACUCACAGAGGUUAUUUCAGACUAUGUAAACUUCUGUGUUGAGUCAGUUGUGCCUACUAAGACCUGUAAAAUCUUCCCUAACAACAAGCCUUGGGUAUCAAAACAUCUAAAAUCACUACUUGAUAGGAAGAAGGCAGUUUAUGCUGGGGCUGAUAGACAGGCUUUAAGAGAUGUACAACGUGAGAUAAAAAGACAGAUACUGGUGGACAAGUUUUGCGGAGUGUUUGAGUUAGCUUUGCGAGGCAAAGAUGAAACUGAGGGCUCCACCAACCCUGGUAAGCCAACACUUUUGAGAUCAGUCAAUAAAUGCUUCUGGUAUUGACUUAUAUGCUGCCCCUGUCUUCAUGUUGUUGCUGGACAUAUCUUUUUUUAAAUGUGUGUAGGUCACCUAAAUCAUCAGAAAAAUUGCCCCCCCUGAGAAUUUUUUCAGGAGCCGCCACUGGUGGCAAUGCUUUUUUUUAACGAUAUUGCUUUUGUCGCAUAAACCUGAAUCAAUGCAAACCUGCCUAGUGUCACCUGCUUGGUUUGAUGGAUGUCAUCUUUUAGAGCUCCAUGUCCUUUUCUGGACAUCUGGACAUAUUUUGUAAACUUUGAUAUUAUCACUUAUUUUAGAAGCUGUUUCCAGACCAGUCAUGGAGGUGGUGUCUCUCUACUCCAACUAUACUGCUGGACUCUGUGAUGUCACAGUGAACUGUUCAGUUACAGGUGUGUGGGUGUUGUCUGUCUGUGAUGGAGGUCAGUGCACACUGUCACAGCAGUCUCUGUCACACACCAGAGUCAACAUCAUCAUCUCCAAUGACAACGGGACUAUCCAGUGCACCGGCAGAAAUCACUUCAGUGCAGAGACCAACUCACUUCGCAUGGAGAACAUAUGUAAGUCUAAUUUACUAGCUUCCACCUUCUGUGCAUACCAUUGUAAUUUUUUAAAUCAAUAACAUUUUAAUAUCGUUGCUGUUAUUAUAAUUAUAUUCUAAUUAAAUAAUUUUCCAUAAAAAAAAACGGAAUAACAAUACGUGUGUGUGUGUGUGUGUUACCUCUCAGGUAUUGGUGAGAAGAAGGGGAGAGCUUCAACAUUACCAGUUGUGACCAUUGUGGGCAGUGUUACUGGUGGACUAUUCUUUGUUGGUGUGUUAGUUGGUGUAGGAUGCCUCAUAUCAACCAGAAGACGGCAAUCCCCUAAAGAGCAACAGUCUAUGCAGGUAACCUCUCUGUCAAUCAUGUUUAACCUCCUAAAGUCGAUUUGUCUGUGCCCCCAUCAAAAUUCGUCUGUUUAAGGUAUUUGGUGGCAGAGCUACAGCGAUGUUUGUCAGAGCAGGAGACAUUCCAAAAAUGUGUCUUCUCACGAAAACAUCCGAAGUGUCCGAACGGUUUGGGCUACACACUACUAUGACCCCUCUGGAAAGAUCAGACUAUCAAGAACACGAUGGUGUUCUCCGUUUUGCUCUAAGACCCUCACAAGCCUCAUCUGAAGGUAACCCAGUACCGGUUUAAAAAAUGAUUGGAAGUAUGGAAGGAGUUUUGUGCCCCCAAAAAUCGGAGCUUUCUUAUAUCUCUCAGAUAUUGGACGGACACUUCAAAACAUACUUCCUAUUGAUUUUUUUUUUUUACUAUCUGUUUUGCCAUGUAUGAAUGUUUUAUUCAAUGCGUUUCUGAGGGCUAAUAGCAGUAAGGCCAAAUUUAAUCUUUCAUCAAAUAUUAUUUUUAUAUACUUUCUUGAUACCUACAGGGGUCCUAAAAUUCUAAAUGAAAUUGCUAAAUGAUCCAUGGUAUGACCAUCUUAAAACAAUUCCAUGUUAGCUGAGUAGACUUGUGAGAAUACUACAGACUUUGGGGCGCAGCAGAAAGAUCAGCAUAUCCCAAAACCAGAGAUUGUGAGUUCAAAUCCCAGAUGGGGUCACAUUGGAAAGUAUUAAGUGAUCAUGUCAAAUUUCACUGACCUGUUAAACUUUGAGCAUUUGUUUUGGGCCCUGUACAGAUUCUUUUGGGAAAGCUACAGUCCUCGUCUUUUUGGUAGUUGAACUCAAAUCUUACUGCCGAGGUCUUAUCUUCUUGGUCUUCCUGUUAUACCAGGUGCUGUAGAUGUCCUGAAUGGCAGGCAGUGGGCCCCCGGUGAUGCGUUUGGCUGACUGCACCACCCUCUGGAGAGCCCUGUGGUUACGGGUGGUGCAGUUGCCGUACCAGGAGGUGAUACAGCCCUACAGAAUGCUUGCGAUGGUGCAUCUGUAGAAGUUUGUGAGGGUCUUAGGGGCGAUGUUGAAUUUGUUCAGGCGCCUGAGGUUGAUGAGGUGCUGUUGCGUCUUCUUCACCACGCUGUCGGUGUGGACGGACCAUUUCAGGUCGCCAGUGAUGUGCACGCUGAUAAACUUGAAGCUUAGACCCUCUCCACUGCGGCCCUGUCGAUGUUGAUGCUGCUCUCUCUGCUGUCUCCUGUAGUCCACGUUCAGCUCCUUUGUUUUAUUGACAUUGAGGUGGAGGUUAUAUUCCUGACACCACUCCGCCAGGGCUUUCACCUCUUCCCUGUAGGCUGUCUCGUCGUUGUUGGUAAUCAGGCCUACCACUGUUGUGUCAUCAGCAAACUUGAUGAUUGAGUUGGAGACGUGCGUAGCCACGCAGUCAUGGGUGAACAGGGAGUACAGGAGGGGGCUGAGCGCGCACCCCUGUGGGGCCCCGUGAUGAGGAUCAGCGUGGCAGAGGUGUUGUUGCCUACCUUCACCACUUGGGGUCGGACCCUCUGGAAGUAUAGGACACAGUUGCACAGGGAGGGGUUCAGGCCCAGGGCCCUGAGCUUAGUGAUGAGCUUGGAGGGCACUAUGGUGUUGAAUGCUGAGCUGUAGUCGAUCAACAGCAUUCUCACAUAGGUUUUCCUCUUGUCCAGGUGGGAUAGGGCAGUGUGCAGUGCUAUGGCAAUUGCGUCGUCCGUGGAUCUGUUGGGUUGGUAUGCAACAGACUAGGAUAAGGAGAGAUUGAAUAUGUCCGUAAACACUCCAGCCAGCUGGUCUGCAUAUGCUCUGAGGACGCGGCUUGGGAUGCCGUCUGAGCUGGCAGCCUUGCGAGUGUCUUACUCACGUCGGCCACAGAGAUCGGGAGCACACAAUUCUGUUGAGCGGUGGGGGCCCACAUCAGCGACUCUGUGUUGUUUCUCACAUUUCUCAUCUCCUAACAGGCUGUUAUUACAGAAGUUGACAACCCAGUGGCUGCUAUGCCAGGAAGACCAGAACCACAGAACACCCCUGGUUCUGAGGUGACAUCUAUCUACGUCACUGCAGGGAGACCAGGAGCAGUACCAGCAGCAGCAGCAGCAAUAGAAGAACACCACCCAGUGGACAACGGGUACACUUCACCAGAAGAAAAUAUAGAACCACAUUCCCCCCCACAGGCAGACGCACUCUACAGCACUGUGCAGCAACGAGCGGUAGAAGAGUACCACCGAGUUGACAAAGUGGGCUGUCCAAAACAAGAGAGGCCAGCACCACAUAGCCCUUCUGAGGCAGAGCCUACAUCAAUCUACUCCACAUUACAGGAGCCAGCUUUAGCACAGUGCCACCCAGUGGACAAAGAUGGGAAUAACGUCAACAAACCAGAC